UCAAAUUUAUUUUUUAAGAAUUACUUCUAAUAUAUCUUUCUCACAGAAGGAGGGAAUAGGGAAUGUUCUCAUUCCAUCUGUAAACAAUGAAAUACAGAUCUGGGAGACCAGGGAAGAGACACAAAAAAGUGCAUUUUACAAAAUUAUCAACUAAAAUAUAUUUUACAUGUAUUAUGCUUCAAUUUAAAUUCUACCAACUGCAUUUUUCAGUUUCAAAAAAUAUUUCCAUAUCUAAUAGAUUAAAAAAGCAGGAAAUCUUUUCAUUAGGGAUAAGACAUUUCAGUUCAUUUACAUGCUGUUUGCACAACAGCAUCAGCAACCACGUGAACCUCAAUGUUCAUGGCCUGAAGCAGAUUCAACAUGAGAAGAGUCAGGUUUGUCCUCUCCAGAGCUGGACCGGAGCCCGUUAUGGACCCAGGGCAAGGAGAACUUCCCUGCUACCUGGAGAGGAGCCAGGACAAGGUGGGAGCAGGGGGAGAUGGGGCAGAAGGAGGAGUUUUGGUGAGUUACUGUGGUUCCAAGGCUGGGUCUCACACCUGGGCCCAGCUGCAGCAGUGCUCAGGCUCACCUGGCUGGUGGGUCUUGCAGCAUUCCAUGUCCAAAGCACUGCCAGGGAGAAAUGGCCACAGCAGCUCUCCUGCUUCAGGUUCAGGGACAAAGGAGUCCCCAUGAAGCCAAACACGUGGAUUUCGGGCAUCCCAUCACCUUUCACUCACUGUGGGGUGCAGCUGCUGCACUCCCCCCAUGGCUGGGCAGCUGCCAUUCCCUCUGUGUCACAGGCAGGAGCAGCUCCACUUCUCCAGCAUCCUCCCUCCCUGCUACAGGGGAAAACCACUUCAUAUCCUCCCACCAAAAGCAUCAGAGACCAUGAUCUCCAAUGCCUCCUUGCACCCCUUCAUCCAAGUGUCCCCACAGUGCCACCACUUCCCAACCCAACACACAAGCCCCACCACAUCAUCCCAAGAGACCCCCAGUGCCAAGCGAAUUGUUCAGGAGAGAUCUGGGCAAUCCCUUUGACACCAACAGUAUCUUGAGGUAUAAGUGAGAGAAGAUGCUUCACCUGACAAUUCUU